AUGUUCCAGGUGAGACCCAAUGCUCGUGAUGCUGCAAUCAGACGAAAGUGUCAGAUAGCCGCCGUGUGGCAACAAAGCAUGGGUGCAAACAUGGGUAAAAACUCGAGCCUGCUCGACGCGCUGCCCUCCACGCAGGGCACGCUGCACGUCGUCAUGCUUGGUCUCGAUUCCGCGGGCAAAACCACAGCGCUUUACCGCCUGAAGUUUGACCAGUACCUCAACACCGUCCCAACGAUUGGUUUCAAUUGUGAAAAAGUAAAAGGGACAAUAGGAAAAUCAAAAGGUGUCAAUUUUCUAGUGUGGGAUGUCGGUGGCCAGGAAAAACUCAGGCCGCUAUGGAAAUCGUACACGCGAUGCACGGACGGCAUUAUUUUUGUACUAGACUCUGUCGACGUAGAGAGAAUGGAAGAAGCUAAAAUGGAACUUAUUAGAACGGCGAAAUCACCAGAUAAUGCUGGUGUACCUAUACUCGUGUUAGCGAAUAAACAGGACUUACCAGGUGCAAAAGAACCGCGAGAGCUUGAAAAACUGUUAGGCCUGCAUGAACUUGUUUCAUCACCGCAUGGAUCGCGUGACGCGCAUGCCUGGCAUGUGCAGCCCGCUUGUGCCAUUACAGGAGAGGGGCUCCAUGAGGGCCUCGAAGCCCUUUAUGAAAUGAUACUCAAAAGAAGAAAAUUUGCCAAGUUGCAGAAGAAACGAGUCAGAUAA